GCCGUGGUGCCCGGCGGAGGAUGGUGCGCGGCGCGCCGGGGACUCCCUGCUGCCAGAGCCGCAGCGCCGCAACGGAGCCGGCCGCGGCGGGCAGUCGACCCCCGCACUGGGCGCGGGGCGGGCGGCCGCGGUGAGGCGCGGAGGGCGGCGCGGGAGCCAGAGCCGGGCUGGGGCUGCAGCAGCAGCAGCCAUGGGGGCCCUGACGAGCCGGCAGCACGCGGGCGUGGAGGAGGUGGACAUCCCGUCCAAUUCCGUGUACCGCUACCCGCCCAAGUCCGGAAGCUAUUUUGCCAGCCACUUCAUUAUGGGAGGAGAGAAGUUUGACUCAACUCAUCCUGAAGGUUACCUGUUUGGAGAGAACAGUGAUCUGAACUUUCUGGGGAACAGACCAGUUGCGUUUUCUUACGCCACCCCACCUCCCCAAGAACCCGUGAAGACACUGAGAAGCCUGGUCAAUAUCCGAAAGGACACACUGAGGCUUGUCAGAUGUGCUGAGGAAGUGAAGAGCCCUGGAGAAGAGGCCAGCAAAGCUAAAGUCCACUACAAUGUUGAGUUCACCUUUGACACGGAUGCUCGGGUAGCCAUUACCAUCUAUUACCAGGCCAUGGAAGAGUUCCAGAAUGGUAUUGCCAGCUACAUUCCCAAAGACAACAGCCUCCAGUCGGAGACUGUGCACUACAAGCGAGGAGUGUGUCAGCAGUUCUGCCUGCCCUCCCACACCGUGGAUCCCUCCGAGUGGGCUGAAGAGGAGCUUGGCUUUGAUCUGGACCGAGAGGUUUACCCUCUAGUGGUACAUGCCGUGGUAGAUGAAGGAGACGAGUAUUUUGGCCAUUGCCAUGUACUGCUGGGUACUUUUGAGAAGCACACAGAUGGAACUUUCUGUGUCAAGCCCCUCAAACAGAAACAAGUAGUAGACGGGGUCAGCUACCUCCUUCAGGAGAUCUAUGGAAUUGAAAACAAGUACAACACACAAGAUUCUAAAGUGGCUGAAGAUGAAGUGAGCGAUAACAGUGCCGAGUGUGUGGUGUGUCUCUCGGAUGUCCGGGACACCUUGAUUCUGCCCUGUCGCCACCUCUGCCUCUGUAACACCUGUGCAGACACCCUUCGCUACCAGGCCAACAACUGCCCCAUCUGCCGACUGCCCUUCCGGGCACUGCUUCAGAUCCGAGCCAUGAGGAAAAAAUUGGGCCCAUUGUCCCCAACCAGCUUUAACCCCAUCAUCUCAUCCCAGACAUCUGAUUCUGAAGAGCAUUCAUCCUCAGAGAAUAUUCCACCAGGCUAUGAAGUAGUAUCUCUUCUGGAGGCCCUCAAUGGGCCCCUCACUCCAUCCCCAGCAGUUCCUCCACUUCAUGUGCUUGGAGAUGGCCACCUCUCAGGAAUGCUCCCGUCAUAUGGCAGUGAUGGCCACCUGCCCCCCAUCAGGACGAUCUCCCCUCUUGAUCGCCUGUCUGACUGUGGCAGCCAAGGACUCAAACUCAAGAAGAGUCUCUCCAAAUCCAUCUCCCAAAAUUCUUCCGUGCUGCCUGAAGAGGAAGAUGAGCGUUCCUGCAGUGAGUCAGAGACACAGCUCUCUCAGAGACCGUCAGCUCAGCAUCUUGGAGAGGAAUGUGGUGUGACUCCAGAAAGUGAGAAUCUCACCUUGUCAUCAUCUGGAGCUAUUGACCAGUCGUCUUGCACAGGGACGCCUCUGUCGUCCACUAUUUCCUCCCCAGAAGGCCCUGCCAGCACCAGCAGCAGUCUGGCCCAGUCUGUCAUGUCCAUGGCAUCCUCCCAGAUCAGCACCGACACCGUCUCCUCCAUGUCUGGCUCCUACAUCGCCCCUGGCACUGAAGAGGAGGGAGAGGCUCUCCCUUCCCCCCAGGCUGCCAGCAGGGCCCCCUCAGAAGAAGGAGAGGGGCUGCCAGCGGAGUCUCCAGACAGCAGCUUUGCUGGCCUCCCAGCUGGAGAGCAGGAUGCAGAGGGAAAUGAUGUUACAGAGGAAGAGGAUGGAUCACCCACGCAGGAGGAUGGCCAGAGGACAUGCGCAUUUCUAGGUAUGGAGUGUGACAAUAACAAUGACUUUGACAUCUCAAGCGUGAAAGCACUGGACAAUAAGCUGUGCUCUGAGGUCUGCUUACCUGCCGCAGCUCCGGAGUCCUGCCCCAUAAACAUUGAGGAAUAGGAUGCCAGGGGGCCCUGAGAGCAGAGGCGGCCAAGGCCCAAGGCAGGAGCGUUCUAGCCUCCCUGGAGGGAGGGCACUGGAGGGAGCCAGCUCAUCUGUGGGCGGGAGAUGAAGAGGACACCGAGGGGAAAGGUGAGGUGGCCUGCAGGAGUGUGAGCACAGGCUGUUUUAGGAGUAGGAUUCUCACCAGCACUUGCAUUCUCUAGUCCUCACAGCAAACCUGUGAGGUCAGUACUUAUCUCCCAUCUGAUAGAUGAGAAAACCAAGGCCCACAGUAAAUUGAUGUGCCCAAGAUCACACCGUUGUAAACUGGAAGUGGAGCCCAGUUAGUGUGACUACAGAUGGCAUCACAACAUGGCUAGAAGUGAGCCCGUAGGAGCUUGUGGAGGAUUGGAUGCGGAGCACAAAGGAAAGAAAAGCACCAAGAAUGGGUUUCCAGACGGGCACUGGCACUCCUCACAUGGGAGCAGCGGCAGAUUUAAGAGAGAGGAUGCGUUCAGUGGUGGUACCUGUGGGACCCGAGGCUCUCAGGCUGGUGUCUGCUGGGCUGAUGGCACCACCUAGUAGCAAUCCUCAACAGCUGCGCAGGUGCAGGAGGAGGAAAAUGGCAGGUGAGGGGGGCUGGGGCCUCACACUGUCCUCCCUCCAUGUGGCCUUCCGUCCCAGGAACCCUGCUGGGUGGCCAGUCCUUUCCUGCUCCACCUUGGCCCCUGCAGAAAACAUUAACACUUUGGACCAGAACGAACAUAGUCUUCUCACUUCCCCCCACCUCUUCCUGUCCCGAUGAAAAUAGCUCAGCGAGGCCCUAUUUCCCUUUCCUGUCUAUCGUAACAUAGGCAAACUUUCAAACCAAGAACUUAAAAUACCAAAGUGGGGGAGCCACGGUGGCUCUGGCCAGUUGUCCUGGCGCUUGAGGAGGCGAGGCUAUGCGUUCAAGGCCAACCUGGGCAAAAUAAGAACCUCUCAUUCAUUAA